UCUCAAAGCUAAAGGAAAUCUCCUUUUGUUGACAAGGGCCGUCUACAGAUGUGGGUGGACAUGUUUCCCAAAGACACACCUCAGCUUGGACCUCCUGUUGACAUUUCACCAAGGAAACCCAAAGGAUAUGAGCUGAGGGUGACCAUCUGGAAUACCGAAGAUGUCAUUUUAGAAGAUGAGAAUAUCUUUACGGGUCAAAAAUCAAGUGAUAUUUAUGUCAAAGGGUGGAUCAAGGGUUUGGAGGACGACAGGCAGGAGACCGACGUCCAUUACAACUCCCUGACCGGAGAAGGGAACUUCAACUGGCGGUUCCUGUUUCCGUUCCAGUAUCUGCCGGCCGAGAAGCAAAUGGUCAUCACCAAACGGGAGAACAUCUUUUCCCUGGAGAAGAUGGAGUGUAAGAGCCCAGCCGUGCUGGUGCUGCAGGUCUGGGACUUUGAGAGGCUCUCCUCGGAUGACUUCCUGG